GAAAAAACAUUAAUUUCAUAGAAUUUGAAAACAAAGAAAAAGAGUAUUACCAACAACAAUUACAGAAUUUUCCUAAAAAUAAGGCUAAUUUCCGAGAUGCGGCGAACGAGGAAUUUCGCUUUAAGAUAAAAGAAAAAAGCCGAGUCGGACAUAUUGAUUAUAGAGAUACGAGAAUGCUUUUAUAUCCAUAUGGAUAUCAAAAUGCUAAUAAUAAACACAAAUAUGAGAAUUUAAAUGAUUAUGUGCAACCAUAUUUUGAUGAAUUUAUUUUUGACCAUCCUGAUAAGGAAAGUUUUACUGAAUUCGAUAAGUAUACUAGCAGUAGAAAUCAGGAAUUCGUGGUUAAUUUUAAGGAUAUACAAUAUAAGGAGGUGAGUUAUGGAAGCACGGGAAAUAUUCAAUAUCAAAUUGACUAUCAACCGGGUAAAAAAGUGAUAAGGAAAGUUGGUGAAGAAGUUCCAACACCAGACCAAGAAAACGAAACUUUAAAAGAACUUCAAUUGACUAAAUCUGAACCAGAAAUUAAUGAACUUAGAGAUAAAGAUGAAGAAAAUGAUACUCCUAAUAAGAAAGUUAAAAUUGAUGCUAAGGACAAAGAUAAUUACGACUUUCUUAAAAAUGGAAUAUUGAAUGAAGUUGAAGAUAACAAAUUGAAAAGCGGGCUUGAACAAUUAAUUAAUGGUGAAAUUACCGAUAAAGAUAAAUUUAAAAUCGUUAAAGAACAAGCCGUCCAAGAAAUUGGUCAAAAAGAAGAAGCCAAAAAAAGUAUUACUGAAAAGUUAAGAAAGGAUAUAAAGUUAAUUAAAGACCAAAUAAAAAGUUUUAAAUCCGGAGCCAACUCUUAUCUAACCAGUUUUUGCAAUAAAGAAAAAGAAAGGGUGGAAAAGUUAGAAAAUAGUAUUAACACCGUUUUAAACCAAAAUCAAACUGGUUCUGAACCGAAAGCAGUUCCGUGA